ACCCCUUCUGCACUUUCCUUAACCCAUAACUCCAUUAAGAAUAAAUAAAUACCUUCAUCUUAAUCUCCACUCGUCCAUCUCUUCCUCAUUGCUUUGCUUGAUUAGAAUGACCUUUUUCUAGCACCAUCUACUGAAAACUGAAGCAUGCUUGCUCUCCCACCCCCACCUUCACUCUCAUCCCCAGCGACAAACCAAACCAAACCACUCUCUCUAGACCAAAUUGUCAUAUCAAAACAACCCACAAACCAUCUUUCUCUGGAACCAAAUUCAUCAAAUUCAGCUAAAACAAAGUUAAGCAGGCCACCAGCACUAAGGUUUCAAAGGACCAAUCCAAUCAUAUGGUUUGCUUCAGUUUUGUGCCUCAUAUUCAGCCUUGUACUCAUCUUCUUUGGUGUUGCAACUUUGACCAUCUUCCUAGGAAUCAAACCAAGAAACCCCACAUUUGACAUCCCCAAUGCAAACCUCAAUGCUUUGUAUUUUGACUCCCCACAAUACUUCAAUGGUGACUUCACCCUCCUUGCCAAUUUCACCAACCCCAACACCAAAAUUGAUGUGAGCUUUGAGUCUUUGGAUAUUGAGCUUUUCUUCUCAGACAGGAUCAUAUCAUCGCAGUCGAUCGAGCCGUUUACUCAGAGGAGAAGGGAAAGCAGGUUGCAAUCACUGCACUUCAUAUCAAGUUUGGUGUUUUUGCCUAAGGAUCUUGGUGUGAUGCUUGAAAAGCAGGUGCAGAGUAACUUGGUCAAUUACAAUGUAAGAGGAACAUUUAAAGUGAGAGUCACUUUGGGGCUCAUUCAUUUGUCUUACCUGCUGCAUAGUAGAUGCCAGAUAGAGAUGACUAGUCCUCCAACUGGUGGUUUAGUAGCUAGGAAGUGCAUAACUAAGCGAUGAAGAUGCUGGGUUGUUUAGAAUUCUUCAUGCUUUUUGCUGCUUUUUGCUCUGUUUAGAUUCUUAGUUUGUAUGUUUAGUAUGUAUAUACACAUACUAUAUGAUUUUCAAUGGUACAGGAAAAAAAGGGAAGAUGAUUGAUGUUAUAUUUGGA